GGCCCCGGCGGGAGGCGCCGCGAAAUGGCGGUCGGGAGCGGCGUGGCCCUGGGGUGGCUGCCCUGAGGCCGGGCCCGCUGGCGCCGAGUGUGAGUGCCCCCACGUUCUCCUCACCUCCGGGCUGCGCCCAGGCACGCUGCUUCUUUCUGGAGGUGCCCUCGUAACCCCGCUACCGGCCGAGGGGCCUCCUGAGGGGCCGAGCUGCGGUGCCUGGCGCUGGGCCUCCCCCUGCCCUGACCCGGGGCGCGGCCCCUCCGAUCCUCACGGCGUGGUUCAGUGUGCAGAAGGGCAGGCUCCGGGGAGGCCUCGUUGCUCCCUACUGUACCCUGAAAGGCUGUAGUGAGGUGGGGGCCGGCCUCUGCUCCCAGGUGAGCGUGGUGCUGUCAUUGUGAUCAGCAGGCAUCCAGUGUGAGCAUUCAGCGCAGCUAUCUGCAGAGAGGUUCAAAUUGCAGGAUAUGGAAGCACCUAGGAGCAAAAACCCCAGUAUUCAUUUCAGUGCAUGUAUAGAGUGCUUAGAGCCCAGGCCGUCACCUACCACAGGACAGAGCACGGGGAGAAAUGGCAGUAUUGUGGCUGAGCUCUCCUGUCGCUGACCAACAGGACAUUGAGACGAGACAGAUGCAAUGAUACACGCAUUCACAGGUGCAGCAGAAGGAAAGGAAGACUUCUGUCAACGAUUAUCUAUGCAAGCUGCAAAAGCAGCAUUUGCAGUAGCUCUCCUGGGCCCUGAGAGUGCUUCGUGAGGCGUGCUGAGAUGGAUAGGAUUUAUAAACCGUGGAUGGGUAUUUCCUACAGUGCAGCGCUCUCGGCAGCGCUAUUCCAUGAGGCUCUCUGUAGAAGACAUAUAUGUUCAUGAAAACAUUUUAUAGCCCUGUUGUGCUGGGAUUAAUAUCAGAUAAGAAAGUUCAGACCACGUGUACUUUGUUCUUCCCAGCACAUUUCUAAGUCCGCAAAUAGGAAGGAGCCCACGGGAGCAUAUGACUAUUAAGUAACUAAUAUACUUCCCAGUUGAUGCAAUUUUGGCAUUUCAUAGUUUUCACAAUAAUUUACAGACAGUGCAGUUCUUCAGAAGCAGACAGCAUCUGCGUGCACUUUGAAAGAUGGUGUCUCAAUCUACAGAUACACAGCUGUGAGUGAUGUGCCUUGUUAUAUACAAGCUGCAAGUCAGCACUGUAUGUGCUGUUACACUGAAUGUCACUGACUGAGCCUGGUGGUACUCAGUCACCCAAACGUGCUCUGCUUUCCCUUCACACUGCCAUAGGGGUGUACCUGAUAAAGCACCACAUCUCCUUGCAGCACUGAUGUUUUGUACUGGACAAGAGCAGCUCACGCUGCAUUACGCACUGUAUUGCCACAGCCAGCAGUGCACACACGGAGCCUUUCUGUCUGCCUUGGGGAACUUUUGGUAACUUUUGGCCACGUCCUGCUUUGAUGGAGUCAGUGUUUGAGCCAACCAAAACCACACGAGCUGUGCUCCCAGGAAGGAGUAUGCAUCACCCCUCUGUGACAAGAGACACGUGAAAGGAAAACUUCUGCAUAUCAAUGCACUGCCAAUGGUGGUGUAAUACCAGGGGCUGCACUGCUGCCACAUCACAAUUUUGUGGGGUUUCAGAGAGUAGUUCUGGGUUGUGUCCUUUGUUGUGACCUCAUGGUUUAACUGGGAAUAAAGAUGAGUAUAAGCAGUGAUGAGGUUAACUUCCUGGUUUAUAGAUACUUACAAGAGUCAGGGUUUUCCCAUUCAGCAUUUACCUUUGGUAUAGAGAGCCAUAUCAGCCAGUCCAAUAUAAAUGGUGCUCUGGUGCCACCAGCUGCUUUGAUUUCCAUCAUCCAGAAAGGUCUGCAGUAUGUAGAGGCAGAAGUCAGUAUUAAUGAGGAUGGUACCUUGUUUGAUGGUAGGCCUAUAGAGUCUCUCUCACUGAUAGAUGCAGUGAUGCCUGAUGUGGUACAGACAAGACAGCAGGCCUACAGAGAUAAACUUGCACAACAGCAGGCAGCCGCUGCUGCAGCUGCAGCUGCAACAAACCAACAGGGAUCAGCAAAAAAUGGUGAAAAUACCGCAAAUGGGGAAGAGAAUGGAGCACAUACUAUAGCAAAUAAUCACACAGAUAUGAUGGAAGUAGAUGGCGAUGUCGAAAUCCCUCCCAACAAAGCAGUGGUGCUGCGUGGCCAUGAAUCUGAAGUAUUCAUCUGUGCCUGGAAUCCCGUUAGUGACCUUUUGGCCUCAGGAUCUGGAGAUUCAACAGCACGGAUAUGGAACCUCAGUGAGAACAGCACAAGCGGCUCUACGCAGCUGGUACUUCGACACUGUAUACGAGAAGGAGGGCAGGACGUACCAAGCAACAAAGAUGUGACAUCCCUAGAUUGGAAUAGCGAAGGUACACUUCUAGCAACUGGGUCUUACGAUGGCUUUGCAAGGAUAUGGACUAAAGAUGGUAAUCUUGCCAGCACCUUAGGGCAACAUAAAGGUCCUAUAUUUGCGUUAAAAUGGAACAAGAAAGGAAACUUCAUUUUAAGUGCAGGAGUGGACAAGACCACAAUUAUUUGGGAUGCCCACACUGGUGAAGCCAAGCAGCAGUUUCCGUUUCAUUCUGCACCAGCAUUAGAUGUUGAUUGGCAGAGCAACAACACAUUUGCCUCUUGCAGCACGGACAUGUGCAUUCAUGUCUGUAAACUAGGACAAGAUAGGCCCAUCAAAACCUUCCAGGGUCACACAAAUGAAGUAAACGCAAUCAAAUGGGAUCCAACUGGUAAUCUCCUGGCAUCCUGUUCAGACGAUAUGACUCUAAAGAUCUGGAGUAUGAAGCAAGACAGUUGUGUCCAUGACUUACAAGCACACAACAAAGAAAUUUAUACUAUCAAAUGGAGUCCUACGGGACCAGGAACAAAUAAUCCAAAUGCCAAUCUUAUGUUAGCAAGUGCAUCCUUUGAUUCUACUGUUCGGUUAUGGGAUGUAGACAGAGGAAUCUGUAUUCAUACUCUGACAAAACAUCAAGAACCUGUGUACAGUGUAGCUUUCAGUCCUGAUGGCAGGUACCUGGCCAGCGGCUCCUUUGAUAAAUGUGUACACAUCUGGAACACACAGACAGGUGCCCUAGUUCACAGUUAUAGGGGAACAGGAGGGAUUUUUGAGGUUUGCUGGAAUGCAGCAGGAGACAAAGUUGGAGCAAGUGCUUCAGAUGGUUCAGUUUGUGUAUUAGACCUACGGAAAUAGCGCUACUAGUUGGAAGCCAUGGACCGACUAUGAAUGUGUACAUAGCCAAAAUGACUGUCCCUGACCCAUGUACUGCUAUAGUCCCAAUUGAACCAUGGCCAGUCCACUACAGCCAAACGUAAAAGAAAUAUAUACAUAUACUGUAUAUAAAAAUAAAAAAAAAAAAGUUACACCCUGAAGAGGAUGACAGAGUUUUGUCACAGCUUGUGAAUCCCAUUCACCAAGUGCUGGAAUCUGCUGUGCCCCAAAAUAACAUUUUAAUGUUUUGGAUAUGAAAAACAGAAGAGAGAGCGAGAGAGAGAGAAAUAUACCGUAUACAAGAGCAGACCCAUAUACAUACCAAAUUCAGAAGAUAUAAUGGCAGCCUUCAUUACCCCUUUUCCCCUCCUAAUCCGCUAUGACAAUGGAUUGUGGGGUAUCUUUCUUUUUUUAUUCUCCUUCUCAGUAGUUGAGCAGUUUGUGUGUACAGAGAAAACGGACUUACAGAAAUCUGCAGCAGUAGUUUUUUUCUUUGCUUUUAACCAUUGGGUUUUCUGUUUUGUUCUGGUUAAGUUUACGGAUGCAUGAAGUAAGGGAGUGAAUUAGUUUCUUGUUUAUGUUUUUUUUUUUUCUAUCACCUUGGGAAAAAAAAUGUUUCUUUGAAACAUAUUUGAAUGCAUUCUUUGAGGAGGUAGAUUGAACCUGACCAUGUUUGGUACAUUUUGUGACUCCCAGAGCACAAUUUUGAACAGAAGGAGGGUGGAAAAGGGAUUAUGGAGAGAGAAGAAAAAAUCCUUCUUAGAGGCGUGAUAUUUCAUGUCCCGCUCAUCUACAAAGUGUGACAGUGAUGGGUAUGACGCUAUGUUUUAUUUUCUGGUGACAUGGCUGGAAUGCAGUAGUGUCUUACUUGGGACGUAAUUCUGCCAAACUUCAGAAUAGAAAGGCACAAAAGUACAGAAAAGAAAAACACAGGGAUGCAAAAAAAAAAAAAAAGAAAAAAAAGGAAAAGAAAAAGAAAAAAGAAAAAGGACAAAAAAAGAGGUAAAUGAAACGCAUCUUCUGUUGCUUUAAGACCAUAGCUAAAAUAUGGUGAAAUAUGGUUAAAUUGUGCACUAUUAUGGAAAGGAGCAAAAUAUAGCUGGGGGAUUUGUUAAGAUCUUUCUGGACAAGGGUUCAUGCCACAGCUUCUCUGGGAGUUGCCCAUCGUUAUUUGUAGGAGCUUAGAUGUUUAAUUGUAACCAAACUCCAGUAUUAAAAGUGUCUCAUGUACUUUUUCUUUAUUAAAAUAAAAUCUUUGGCAUAUAUUUGAUAACACUGCCAUUAAGAGGCAAAAUGUUUACUACCUUAGAUUUAAAAGAAAUAUCUUAAACAGAGGACUUGCUUCAAGUUUAUUUUAAUAGCAGUGAUUCAGCUUAUUUAAAAGAUGAAUACUUGCACUAAUUCCCCUGCUGCUCCAGUCCUGCAGUUUGUUGUAUCACGUGACUACAUUUUUUUCCAAAUAUAGGGUAGAUGUAAGCUGCUAUUUUUUUAAUAAUCACUACUAUAAUAGUGUCUUUUACUCUGUUUACAAUAUCGAGUAUUUUUCUUACAAUGACAGAUGUAUAUGGCAAACCUUUUUCUGCUCAUGUGAUUAAAAAUAUACUGAUAGUGGUUUUAUUUGUAAAUGAUAGCAUGAGUUUGUGUUUACGCGUACGUGUAGUUGAGAAGGUUGCAUCACAUCUUGCAUACAAGUCCAAGAGUGUAAAUUUAUACAAAGGAGAGGCGGUCAAAUUUAUGUCCCAGGCAUUUUACUUAAGGAAUGGUUUAUAUUACAGAGAGAGCUUUGUGAGGUUAUCAGUUCUAUAACACUAUUUCAAUCACAAAUUAUUUUGUGGCUUAUGAUUGCUGUUUUUUUUCCUUCUAUUUUUCCCCUCCAAGUUAUGUAUAAAUUGAUUUAAUCAAGAUAGCGCAGCUUUGACAUUUUAACAAUUGUCCUUUAGGCAUUGAUUUCUGCUAUUUCCAUGGAAUAAACAUGACUUGAAGCAAGUCUGAGUUUGACUAAGGUAGGGGAGCAAUUUGCCAGUGGUAAAGAGAAGUCAACAAUGCAUUUUUUUUGAAUAUACCCUAGGAGUAUAAUACUAUCAUAUACAGCAUUUAAAAACAAGAAAAAAAAUCCUAUCCAUAAAGGCAGUCAUCCGUGAUGGUUCUGUGCCAGCUGUUUUUAGGGUUUGGGAACAUAUUACAAACUUUUAGAGCAAUUACUCCGUGAGUUAGAGUUCGUAGGAAGCCUAAUAAUAGAUUGAGUGUCUGGCACUUGAAAUAUUGCUUUUAUUGCUGGAGGUCCAUGACUGUGGCUGACCUCUGUCAUUAAUGAAAAAAAAAAAAAAAAAGAAUUCUGUGCAAUAACUUUAAACUGUGCUCCCAGGAAUAGACACAAAUGUUUUGAGUAUGUUUAAGCUGCAUUUUUCGUUUAGCAAUGCAUUUGUCAAUUGCACUGAAUUUAAAUCUGAAAGUCAGACGUGAUUCUUGAUAGUACUUUUGUAUUUUAAUAUGGACAGUUCAUUCAUUUUCAUAAAAGUUAUUGGAUGAUUCUUUCAGCCAAUCCAAACAGUCGUGGUGGAAUUCUGUGAUAUAGCUGCAAAAUCACAGCCAUGUUUUAGGGUAUUGCCAUUUUCCUCUUUCUCAAUCAUCAGCUGUUUUGGUUGUAACUCUAGUUGCUUAAGCAUAGUAUCACAUAUUCAUAAAUAGAUACAACAGAGCUUCGGUCUCAGAGGUCCAGGGUCUUCAGAUGCUUGAAGCAUAGUCCAGCAAUGCCAGAUCUGUUGACUCGAGCGCUCUGGACGCGCAGGCUAACGCCCCAGCAGUGUUAAUGCGCUGUGCCCCACCGCGGUGGAGUCGUGCCAGGUCCGGCAGCAGCAGGUCUGGCUGUAGGUGUUUUAUUGUUGUCCUUUACUAGCAUGCCACAGUGCUGCUCCUGCUCACACCUCUUUUUGCCUCUUGUUUUAUACACUGUUAAAUGCAUGCAUGCCAGGUGUGCUAGGUUCUGUGAUUCUGUGAAGUAAAAGGAAAAAAAAAAAAUCGCAAAAAAAAAAAAAUAGAAGAGAACCAUAAAUUUAUUACAUUUUAUAGCACAAAGACCUCGUAUUCAAUGGUGAGGUAGACUAUCCAAAUUUUUCCUUUAAAUUGAGUUUGCCAAAUGUCGGUAAGAGCCUGAUUUUGUAUCAGUGUAUGCACACGCUUAGUCUUACGUAGAGAUUAAUUCUGUUGCGCCUGUUUUCAGUGUGAAGGCAAAUGUGUGCAUAGGCCUUUGCCUACGGGGAAGUUACGAUCUUUUCCAUUCAGCGUGUCAAUGGGCAGAUGUCCAAGUAGAGGAUAAAAGGAAGGGGAAAAAAAACCGGGCUCAGAAUUAAUGCUGGAAUAAGGAAGGAACUGCUCUUCAGUUUGCUGUUUCUCUAUGCAUCGACGUCAGAAUCCCAUUGCUCAUUUCUGCAUAGUUAGGUCCAGGUUUCCGUAGAGUUCCUCUUUUUCUAUUUUGCUUUAUCUUUUCCUGCGUUUUUAAAUCGAUGUAAAGAUUCCCAACCAGUGGACUUUUUAGUGUAGUUAAGAGAAUAUCUAGGUCCUCGUAAAAGCUUUUUUAGACUCUUUAUAAUGUUGAUAAACUCAGUUUAUUCUGGGACUACAAUUGUGCAGGGUUAUUUAGCGUGUCUACUAGAUGAUUGGAAAUCUUAUAUGAAACACUAAAAGUGCCUCAUUUUCUGGGUUGGGUGGAGGGAGGUCAUAGUUACCAGAGUCAGAAUGACGUGGCAUUUUGAAGCAUGUUUCUUCAUUUCAUGACACUUUAAUGCAUCUUGAGAGAAAGGCCAAAGAUUUCUACCAAUUUUAAUUAAUUUUCCUUUUAAAAGCACUCCUUUUUCCUUACACUGCUUACCUCAUGCUAGGGCGUGUUUAAUGGGACGUUGUACCUGUGAGAUGUUCUUUCUGUUCAGGAAGAAGGUCGGUGGAACCGGGCAGCUGUGCCAGUUUGCCCACAGAGCAGCUGACGCGUUCGGUUCUGCUGAAUGAAGGAAUCUCCUUAAAACUGCAAACUGGGUUUUUCAGCUUGUAAAUAAAAGGUUGUAUGUUUUUGUCCGUUCAGCAAAGAGGAGCCUUGGGACCCAACUUUCCAAUCUCGACUCGAUCAGAAAUCCCUUUGUCUUUCACUUCAUGAGGAAAGCUUUGCCAGAAUAAGCGUUGAAGGCUGUGGGUCUGUGUCACACCUCACAGCGCACCGCGUAGGCCGGGCGGGCGCCAGGCUGGAGCCAGGGCUGCUGUUGGUGCAGCCGGAGCAGGGCUGUGCCAGGGCAGGGCUGUGCCAGGGCAGGGCUGUGCCAGGGCAGGGCUGUGCCAGGGCAGGGCUGCCGUGCUCAGCCCGUGUUCCUUCCCACUGAGGAGCCUCGUGUCUUCUAACUUCACAAAGCCCUGUAGAGCUGUUCCCUGGGGGGAUCAUUUCACGCUCUCCAGAAGUCUGAAGAAAGCAGAAGCAACAUUGUGGCAUGUUAGAAGCAAAUAAGGCUUCCGGAGACAGCAGUAAAUCUCCAUCAAAGAUCCCUGACAUUUUCCUUAGGGAGAGAGCCAAGGAGCAGUCUUCACAUCUCCCUCUAGAGAAAGCUCUGAAAUCCCACGUUCUGUGACAGUGUGGCUGUCUUGCCUGCCUUCAGACCGGCAGCAAAGGCAGGAAGAUCUGCCACGUCUUACAGAUGGCGGAUUUAGUGUUAAUAGUGCUUCAGAUCAGUAGUUUUGAGUACAUACUCUCUUUCUCUGCCUUUAAGUUUGCAGCUUGACAGUAACUUAAGGCACGUUUUGUUUUGUUUUCUUUUUUAAAUAAUCAUUCAUUUUUACUUCAUGAUGUUUUUGUCAUUUGUGGGUAAAUACAAGAAAACAGUCUGCAUGUUGUUGCUAGUCCAGUGUACUUUGCAAUCUUGUCCUCAACAGACUGCAGUGUGCAGAACAGUAAUUCUAGAAUACAGAAGUAAUUUUCUCUCUCUCCUGACAUUGACAUUGUAGUUGUAAUGGUUUCAUUUGGAGUUACAAAUCCUUUGGGUCUAAUUCUGUGAGCCUACCUAUAGCACUGGAUUAAAAUGUCUGCAUCAUUUCUUCAGUUAUCCAGUUAAACUACAGCUGUUGUAAAAGUGUAAACCAGCCCAUGACAGUUUUUUGUACUUGUUUAAAGGACUUUUAUUGUUCAGUUUUCAUGAUUAUUGUCUAAAGAAGACUGAUAUAGAUGUUCUAUACUGUCCUGGACCAUGUUAAUUACACUUUAUGAUGUAUUUUGGUUCUACAUCACAAUGAUUUGUCCCCAAGGCCCUUAUAUCCCUUCUAGGCACAUUUUCUGUUGCAGUUUCCCUUUGCAUUGUAUUGCUUUGACAACUGUAAUUUGAAUCAGAUCUGAAAGAGGUCCAGAAUAAAAUAUAUUUUGAUAUUA